AUGUUUUUCCUAUGGACUGAAUCAGCACAAAAACAAGGACCGAAUCAGCAUUUUGGACCGAAUCCUACACUACUCUCUUUUCUUCUAGUUGUCACUCUCUUCUCGCUUUUUUACUUGAUCCCAUUGUUAUUUAUUCGGAAGUGGAUCUCUUGCGACCCCGUCGAUCUAUUUCAAGUACCCAUCAACAAACAUGUUCCUGAGGUUUUUAACUUGAAGUGUUGAGAGUUAAACGUCUUCGUUCUGUUCACCGUCUCACAAUAUUCCAUUCUUCUACAAUGGUUGAAGUUGGUGUUGCACUUCCAACACCAGACAAAGUGGAUACAUCCGAAUGAUGCUAUAAUACGCAAAUUAAUUAAAGUACGUUGCUUUUAACCCCUAUUUCUUAUGAAUUUCUCAAUAUCUGUUAAGCAUCACGGAUCCGGACAAUACAACUUAAUAAAAUAAAAAACACGGUCUAACCUCAUUAGUUUCAAGAAAACUGAUGAAGGCCGGUUAUGUGUCGAUUUUAAAUCCAUACCUUUAAAACCCUUCUUUAGCCGUAGUCACGUAAAUUAUCGGCUGGACUUACAAAAUACUGUAAACUACACUUGCAUCUCUCAAAAAAAAAUAUAAGUGAAAUCUUGAUUACACAUCAUAGCAAAAUACGUAACAAUGUUAGGGUGUUGAUUAGACACAAUAUGAUUGAUAAUCUCUUUAUGUGCCAGAUUAUGCUGCAUAUAACUGACAUCAUGCUCCGUAUCAUUAUUCACUACCCUUUUCACGGCAACAUUCAUUGACUCAUACAUCCUCUCGUAUACGAUGGUGCCAUUACUACCAUCUUCGAGUAUUGUAUCAGAAACCCAUAAGUUCCCAACUUUGAGUUUUUUAACAACAAAACCAGGACCAUUGUUGGUAUGAGUUCCAAUUAGAUUACACAAUGAAUAUAUUACUCCAUCUACUUCCAUUUAUUGGCUUAUAACCACAACAUGUCAUUCACUCUCCUCCUUAAAUAUAUAUGCUAAAGUAAAAUAAUUUGCAGUUAAUUUGUAAACCUCUCCUCCUGUUACGUCUGCAAAUCCAUUGCAAAAAUUGAUAACCGACAUGCCUUUUCUUCAAAGUUGGCAAAGUCAAUUCCUGCCUCUAAUAUUUGACCACAUCCCUGUGAGGUAUUUACUUACUGUGAUUUUAAGAAUAAAAGCUUUUGUACCCAAUUUCACAAUUUCUAUCACGAGAACAACAUAAAAUCAUAAGUUCAAACAUAAAAAGUGUGCAAUGGUUAUAUAAGAAUAUUGACUUUACCUGCUAGCUGCAGCAUAUACAUCAACAGUGAACUCAAUAGGAUAUUUUUCCAGGACUUCUUAUUCGACCACCACUAUCUUCAAGGUUUCCUUGUUUAAAGCUAUCAAAGGUUCACUCUCAUCACAAGGGAGCAUAGCCCGUGACGAGUCUAGAGUAGAAAGCAAGGCGGUUCCUAUUUAAGUGAAACCGAGAAAAAUAAAAUUGUUAAACUUACUAGUUGUGGGUCAGGUUGUAUGUAGCGUUGUAAAACUCAGAUAACUUGGCCGAGUACUCCAGAAGUUACCUCCUAAUUGGGAUUGAUCAGAUGGUUCAUGCAAGGGAAUUGAAUGAUGGUUUUGACUUUUGAGUGUUCCCUCCCCGACCUAACACCGUGUUUUGACUUAUUCUUUACAAAAUCAUUUUGUCAUCCUUGCCCAUUAUCUAACUGAGAUUAAGACCUUGAUCAAAAGAAAACAUAACAAAUCAUGUGAACUCAAAUGCAGAGACUUGUGAUUUAAAAUGAAAUGGGUCAAGAACAUCAAUGACUUAUAUAACUGCUAAUGAUCUUAAAAGACCAAUGAUCAUCAACAAAGAGGGUACUAAAAACGACAUAAAUUGUUGAACAAAUUUUGAUUUUAUUUAUAAUGUCUAUUGACCUAUAUAAUCUCGGCAAUGUCAAAUAUGAGAUUGACUUAUGCUUGUGAUAAUGGAAAAUGUGCAGGGAACUCACACCACUUGUCCAGGUGGUUUGGGUUAGGGUGACCCAAAAGUAUUCCCCAAAACAAUUGUCAAAUAUGAGAUUGACUUAUGCUUGCGAUCAUCAUAGGCCUUUUAAGAUCAUUAGCAGUUAUAUACGUCAUUGAUGUUCUUGAACCAUUUCAUUAAAAUCACAAGUCUCUGCAUUUGACUUCACAUGAUCUGUUAUGUUUUCUUUUGAUCAAGGUCUUAAUCUCAGUUGGAUAAUGGGCAAGGAUGACAAAAUGAUUUUGUAAAGAAGUCAAAACACGAUGGUGGGUCGAGCGGGCGAGGCAACACUCAAAAAUCAAAACCACCAUGCAACUCUUUUGCAUGAACCAUCUGAUUAAUCCCAGUUAGGAGGCAAUUUGUGGAGUACUAGGCCAAGUUAUCCGAGUUUUACAACACUACAUACGACCUGACCCACAACUAGUAAUUUUAACAAUUUUAUUUUUCUCGGUUUCACUUAAAUAGGAACCACAUUGCUUUCUGCUCUAAACUUAUCACAGACUAUGCCCCCUUGUGAUGGGAGUGAACUUGUGGUGGCUUUAAACAAGAAAACCUUGAAGAUAGUGGUGGUCGAAUAAGAAGACCCGAAAAAAUAUGCUAUUGAGUUCACUGUUGAUGUAUAUGCUGCAGCUAGCAGGUAAAGUCAAUAUUCUUACAUAAACAUUGCAUAUUUUUUAUGUUUGAACAUGAUUUUAUGUUGUUAUCGUGGCAGAAUUAUUCUUAGAAUUGUGAAAUUGGGUACAAAAGAAGAUUUAAUUCCUAAAAUCACAACUAAUACCUGUAAAUACCUCACAUGGAUGUGGUCAAAUAUUAGAGAUACGAAUUGACUUUGUCAACUUUGAAGAAAAGGCAUGUCAGUUAUCAAUUUUUGCAGUAGGAUUUGCAGGUGUAACAAGAGAAGUUUACAAAUUAACUGCAAAUUAUUUUACUUUAGCAUAUAUAUUUAAGGAGGAGGGUGAAUGACAUGUUGUGGUUAUAAGCCAAUAAAUGGAAGUAGAUGGAGUAAUAUAUUCAUUGUGUAAUCUAGUUGGAACUCAUACCAACAAUGGUCCUAGUUUUGUUGUUAAAAAACUCAAAGCUGGGAACUUAUGGGUUUCUGAUACAAUACUCGAGGUUGGUAGUAAUGGCACCAUCGUAUACGAGAGGAUGUAUGAGUCGAUGAAUGUUGCUGUGAAAAGGGUAGUGAAUAGUGAUACAGAGCAUGAUGUCAGUGAUAUGCAGCAUAAUCUGACACAUAAAGAGAUUAUCAAUCAUAUUGGGUCUGAUCAACACCUUAACAUUGUUACGUAUCUUGCUAUGGUGUGUAAUCAAGAUUUCACUUAUAUUUUUUUUGAGAGAUGCAACUGUAGUUUAUAGUAUUUUGUAAGUCCAACCGAUAAUUUACGUGACUACGGAUAAAGAAGGGUUUUAAGGGUAUGGAUUUAAAAUCGACAUAUAAUUGACCUUCAUCAGUUUUCUUGAAACUAAUGAGGUUAGACCAUGUUUUUUAUUUUAUUAAGUUGUAUUGUCCGGAUACGUGAUGCUUAACAGAUAUUGAGAAAUUCACGACAAAUAGGGGUUAAAAGCAAUGUACUUUAAUUAAUUUGUGUAUUAUAGCAUCAUUCUCAUUUCUUUUUGUUACAACAUCGUAUUUUCAUUUUUUCCUUAUUAAAACUCCGUUCUUUUAAAGAAAUUAAUCAAUUAUAUCAUUGUACCUUACAUUUUGUUUCUUGUUAGGACAUUGUACUUUGAAAAAUUAACUCAGUUAUAGCAGUGAAAAUUGUUUUUAUUUUGCCAUUGCUAUAAUUUGGUAAAAUCUUCAAUAUACAAUGAUGUAAUAGCAAUAAAUAAAAAGCAGAUAAAUUAAAGUGUAUUGCUGUUUCUUGCAUUUACCCAAAAACAAACAAGCGAAAAUUUGUAAAAAUGUUAGGACUUACUUAAUGGGGGAACACUUUAAACUCGUUCUUUUUGCGUUAAGUAGAACAGAAACUUGUAUAUAGUUUACCUGUUUAACUUUAACCAAUGUCCCAGUUAAAUAAAUAAGAAACAACUUAUCAAGUCUAUGUUUUUGGUGAUAUAAACUGCAGGGAUACAGUCAAAGGACUCACAUAUUUACAUAGACGUGGAAUCAUUCACAAUGAUCUAAAGCCUGGAAAUGUCUUAAUACAUACAAAUGCUUCUUUUAUUAGGUCAAAAAUCUUAUAUAUGGACAUGAGCAAACUCCUAUCUGCUGAUAAAUCUUCUUUAACCAAAACCACAACAGGCAAACCCUUUUAUAUUUUUCGUUAUGAGAGAUUACUAAUAUUUGAAGGGGGAGAAUGCAAAAAAAGUAAAUAUAGUUUCCAAUUACUCUUUAUUAUAUACUUUCAAUAUUAUUCCUUAUUCGAGCAUUGUAGAAAAAUUACCCAUGUUAGCUAUGAGAUUGGAAUUAUGAUGGCAUGGCACAAUAUAGGAUGCACAUGUGUGAUAUUAUGCUGACGUGUAAAAAAAAGUAUUACGUUUUUUAUUAUAAAGAAUUGUCCAUAAUAAAGUUUUACCUAAUAUGAGAGGACAGUUUUUAUAAAAAUAAUUAUUGCUUUCAUUUUAUAUGUCCAUUCAAUCAACAAUAACACGUCACCAAUAUAUUAUACAUGUGUGUCUCCGAACUGGCAUGUUGUAAUAAGGAAAGAAAAAAGUACAAUUCUUUAAUAAGAACAAAAAUACUUUGCUAUAUCUUGCAAUUUACUUUAAUUAAUUUGUGUAUUAUAGCAUCCUUCUCAUUUAUUUAUAUUACAAUAUCGUACUUUCAUUUUUUUUCUUAUUAAAACUCAUAAUGAAAAAUAUAAAAGGCCUUGCUUGUUGUGGUUUUGCUUAAAAAAAUUUUAUCAACAGGUAGGCGUUGGCUGAUGCCCAUAUCUGAGAUUUUUGCCCUAAAUAGAAGAAGCAUCUUUCUGUAUUAAGAAAUUUCGAGGCUUUAGAUCACGGUGAAUGGUUCUAAGUUGAUGUAAAUGUGCGAUUCUUUGACUAUGUCCUGCAGUUUUUAUCACCAAAAAUAUUGGUUAAAGUUAAACUGGUAAAGCUACAUACGAGUGUUUCUAUUUUACUAAAUAUAGAAAGAAUGACUUAAUAGAGAACCAAAGAAAUGAGGCCUUCCCCAUUAAGUCCCAACUUUCUUAAAAAAAAUUCCGUUUGUUUUUGGGGUAAAUGCAAGAAACAACAAUGCACUUUAAGUUAUUUGCUUUUCAUUUCUUGUUAUUACAACAUUGUUCAUUGAAAAAUCUAUCAAAUUAUAACAAUGGCAAAUACAAAACUGCUAUAAUUGAGUUAAAAUUUCAAAGUACAAUAUCCAAAUAAGAAGAUAAAAAUGUAAGUACAAUGCUAUAAUUGGGUAAUUACUUUAGACGAACAGUGUAUUAUUAUGGAAAAAAAUGAAAGUUAGAUGUUCUAAUAGAACGCAAUGAAAAGAAUGCUAUAAUACACAAAUAAAUGAAAAUACAUUCCUUUUUUCCCAUUUUGCUAUGAAUUUCAAAAUGUCUUUUAAGCAUUACUAUCCGAUACAACUUAAUGAAAGAAAAAAAAUACGGCCUAACCUCAUUAGUCUCAGCAAGAUUCAGUGUUGUCAAUAGCGAUCAUAGCGAUCACUAUUGCGAUUAGUGAGGCGAGGCGUUGGUGUGUCGCUAUGGGGUUUAUAGCGAGGUAAUAGCAACGUAGCGAUAUAAUGUUUUUUUAAUUAAAUCGAUUUUUUUAUAAAAUGGCAAAAUUGAUUGCCGGAACAUGUUUUUACUGAUCGGAAUUGGUCUAAUUAUUGAUUGGGAUUGCCAAUUUUGCAUUUGGGAUCGCCAAUUUGGUGUUUGGAUCGCCGAUUUGGAGAUUGGCAGGAAAGCCAUUGAUCGGAAAAAAAAGGUUGUGCUUCACCUCUUCGAUUUAGUUUCUGAAUUCUAAUGCUAUGAUUAAUGCUUCUAAUACAUUCAAUUGAUAAUAUAUUCCAUAUUUCUAUACUCCUAUUCUACAAUUCCUUCAAUUGCUUAUACCACAAUUCCAAUGUUACCACUUUUGUUCCAGUUUGCUUCCCUGUUUGAAGUAUUAGUUGUUGGAAUUUUGGUUUGAAGUGUUAGAAGUUCUGUUUUUAAGGAAACUUGAAUUUUUGUUUUUAUGUUAAAUGUUAUUAAAACAAAUAGGAGCAAAGUUUUCUAUUAUUCAUGUAGUUUGAUGCCAAGUAGUGUGAUAAAGGAAAGUUUUCUUGCACUGCUCCUUCUCUCCAUAUCAGCUUCAAAGAUUUUUGUUCUAGAUUCUUUUACACUUUGUUUCUUUCUUUGUUGUACACCUAUGUACUUACAAUUUCUAUUCUUCUCG